AUGGCUGAGGCCUUAGUGGGAGGAGCGUUUCUCUCUACCUUCUUCAAGGUGUUAUUUGAUAGGAUGGAGUCUCCCGAGUUCGUGAACUUCUUUCGUCAGGGAAAACUCAACAAAAGAGUCUUAGAGAAGUUGGAGACAACGUUGCGGUCCGUGAAUGCAGUGCUCGAAGACGCAGAGGAAAAGCAAGUUACAAGACCUGAUGUGACAAAGUGGCUCGAUGACCUGAAAGAUGCUGUCUAUGAUGCAGAUGAUGUCUUGGAUGAGAUUGCUACUGAAGCCUUGCGAUGUGAGGUGGAUGCUGAAUUUCAAACCUCUGCAUGUAAGAAGAUGCAAGUGGCAAUGAAAAUUUGUGUGUGA